UUCACGCCCACAACUCGUCCCUUCAACGACCACUAAGCUUUCAUCUUGCAAGAUUGUGAAUCAUCCAACAGUGCCAUCUUCACUAAUCCAUUUUGAGAGAAUAUUGUGUGCAAGUUCUUUUGUUGUGUUGCUAUAUAUUGGAAUGAGAUGAGGGGUGAUGCUAUCUGCCUUGAUGAACUUCCUCAAUGCCUGUCUCUGGCCACACUCAGAUCACCAUGCCUCAGAUUCUGGCGGCCGUCAAGAGGGGCUCUUGUGGUACAGAGACUCUGGUCAACACGUCUUUGGUGACUUCUCCAUGGCCGUUGUUCAAGCUAACAACUUGCUUGAGGACCAGAGCCAGCUCGAGUCUGGCCCUCUUAGCACUCACCACUCUGCUGGUCCUUAUGGCACCUUUCUUGGCGUCUACGAUGGCCACGGCGGCCCUGAGACUUCCCGCUUCAUCAAUGAUAAUAUGUUCCACUAUCUCAAGAGAUUUGCUUCUGAGGAACAGUGUAUGUCACCAGAAGUGAUAAAGAAAGCCUUCCAAGCAACUGAAGAAGGGUUCCUAUCCAUAGUUACCAACCAAUUCCAAACCAAGCCUCAAAUAGCCACCGUUGGCUCUUGCUGCCUUGUCUGCGUCAUAUGCGAUGGGAAGCUAUACGUGGCCAAUGCUGGAGACUCACGUGCCGUGCUGGGACAAGUCAUGAAGGCAACUGGUGAUGUUCACGCCACUCAGCUCUCGGAUGAGCACAACGCGUCUAUAGAGUCAGUGCGAGAAGAGCUUCAGGCCAUGCAUCCGGACCAUCCAGAUAUUGUGGUUCUGAAACAUAACGUUUGGAGAGUAAAAGGAAUCAUUCAGGUUUCAAGAUCCAUUGGGGAUGUGUAUCUGAAACGGUCGGAGUUCAACAGGGAACCGUUGUAUGCGAAAUUCAGACUCAGGGCACCGUUCAGCAGGCCGUUACUGAGUGCAGAACCCUCGCUGACGGUGCAUAGGCUGCAGGAGCAGGACAAGUUUAUAAUAUGUGCGUCAGAUGGACUAUGGGAACAUAUGAGUAACCAAGAAGCAGUAGAGAUGGUGCAGACUCAUCCGCGUAACGGGAUAGCAAAGAGGCUGGUGAAAGUGGCGUUGCAAGAAGCGGCGAAGAAGAGAGAGAUGAGAUACUCAGACUUGAAGAAGAUAGAGAGAGGGGUGCGGAGGCAUUUCCAUGAUGACAUAACAGUGAUUGUUGUGUACUUGGAUUCAAAGCCUAGUGGGUUGAGAGGGCCGGUAGUGUCCGUUAGAGGCGCGGACGAUUGUAGUAGUAGAUACUUGGCCUUUGCUAACAAUGAAGAGGAUGUUAAUGUUAACGAUCAAACGCUACUCAGGUCUAACAUCCAUGUUCCAUAUGUGUAUAACGAAGAAUCAGAAGAAGAAGAAUCAGAAGAAGAUUCUGAUGAUGGGCGUAUGUUUCGUGGUAACAAGAAGAGAGGAUGA